AUGGCACGCGAAGUAGACCCCAGCUGGCUCUGGGGUUGGCUGUGUGAUUAUGCUUUCAUUACAGAUAAACCUUUUGACACCAAAUUCUACAUUAUUGCCUUCACCACCAUUUACGUUCUUUACAAGACCCUCAAGGCGAUGCGCUUCAUCCUUGUGCCCACCACAAUCCUCGUCGGCAACUGCCUUGUCAGCUUGGCCGUACUAAUUCCUCCCGUCGUCGGGUUCUUCAUUUUGCUUCUCACCCCAAGAGUAUUUCGAGUUGCAUUCGAAAGAAGCCUCAGAACAUUCUUUUCCACGAUGUGGAAUGUUUGGGAGUAUCUUGCAAUGCCAAGAAUCCUUACAUGCCUCGCCAUGAUCAGAUUCAGGGCUUGCCAAGCAAUAGAAAUGGUGAAGGAAAAUGUCAUUUCUACAGACGACGAGCUACGUGAGACCACAGGUCCUGAAUUCAAAUAUCCUGGCAUAACAGACGGAGACACAACUGGCAUCCAACCCAGUGAUACUGGCGCAGAACGACGGAUGAGACAGUUGGUCGAGGAGGACAAUAUCAGAAGACAUGCUCAAGGCGAGCCGGAUCGGACUGCUGAGGCAGAAAACAAGAGGACUGAAAUCGAGAAUGAGAUAAUGAGACUCGAGAAUGAGAGAAUGAAACUCGAGAAUGACAGAAAGAGAGUCGAGAAUGAAAGGACUGGCUUAGUCUGGGAGGGUCUUCAAUCAAGAGGGCCAGCAAACCGUCAACGCCUCCAAGAGAUGACUCGCCAGAGACUGCUUGCUCCUUUCAGACCUGGCGAGGCAAGAUUAGCUGGAAGCUUUAGAGCCAUUGACUCUGUAUCUCUGCCUCCGGCACAUGAGCCCGCUCCGGCGCCUUCAACUGCUCCGGGACCCUCAAUUGCAUCGGGACCUUCAACCAUACCGGGACCUGUAACCAUACUGGGAGCUUUAACUGUACUGGGGCCUCUAACUGUACUUGGAAAUUCAACUACACCAGGACCUUCAACUACACCGAUACCUUCUCCUGAGCCCGCUCCUCCUCUCACGCCGGUCAUUCCUCUUACACCGGCUCCUCCUCUUGCGCCGGCUCCUCCAUUAGCUCCGGCCCCUGCUAAUACAAGACCUAUUCCAAGAGGUCAAGACAUCAAAAGAGCCUGGAGAGAAGGAUGGUAUAACACCCUACGGCCGAGACAUACCGUGGUCAAGAAUGCGAGCACACAAACGGAGCCAACAGAUCUUGCUAGCCAUGGCACAAAGACCAAGCCCUUAGAGCUACCCCCCCGAAAAUACGUCAGCCGGGGCGUACAGACUGACACAGUGGAAUCUCCUGUCCAAGAAGAGCCCGAAGCCCCAGUAGUUGUGCCAGAGCUUCCAGUCCCAGAGCCGAGUCCAGAUCCAGCUUCGCCUGAGGAGACACAGACGUCUAUCGAUAAGGGAAAGGCUACCGAGGGCCCCGAGCCAACAAUCAACGCCAAUUUGGUCAUUAUCCAUGAAAACAGAGCUGAAGACGAAGUAAAGGAGCCAGAAUACUCUGCUGUAUCCUCGCAUCUUCCAGCCUCUAUCACACUUCCCGACUCGCCUGAGCCUACAGCUGAUGCUGAACAUGAGUCGGUACAGACUCAUGCUACCGGCCACGACCGUCCCAUCGUUAUUCACACAUCUGUUCCAGCUUUGCCGAGGUCUACACGAAUACCUGUGGUAAAUUCAAGACCGUCUAUUGCAGGGACUUCGAGGCGAAAUGAACGGGUGUCCAAGUCAAACGAACAUAAUGGCGCACAUCACCAAUCACGAAGGGAUGCUCCUACUAGAAGUAGUAAAAAGGCUGAUAGGAAAAGGUAUGAAGAAAAAAAGGAGAAAAUGUACAAGAUGUCCAUGGGGCUGUUGAACGGACAGCUUCCUAGUUCAUUCAAGUCUCUGGAGACUCAGCAAGUCAUUGAUACUUCUACCACAUCAGCCAGCGUCCCUAUUUACUCCACAGGCAUCUCACAUGAUAACUCGAAACACGAUAUCCAAAGAAGCCCUGUCGUUAGACAUCCACCUACCCCUGAGCUUCCAUUGCCAAAGACUACUGAGCCUUAUGCUACUCUAGAGAGUACAUCUGUCUCGAAUGUUUCGACUAGUGGUCUGGCCUCGGGAGCCCAAGAUGACCAAAGCGAAGCCUCUCUUCAGACCUUUCCGAAGCCCUGUUCAAGCGUCGUAUCCGCCGAGAAUGAGACUUUCACGGAGUGUCAAUCUACUACAGUAUACCCAAGGACUGAGAGGAGCCAACAGGCUAUAACUGAAGCUUUGAUUAGAGCUUGUGAAAAUGUUUCUAAAGAGACGUCACUGCUCAAAACCAAUGAAGAUGGGGUAUAUCUGCCCCCUGCUUCCACUCAGCUCCCUUCAGACACACAGAGCCACUCUGUGUCUGAAAGCACAACUACGGGGCAGCUACCCAGCUCUCCUGGUACUAGCUCCAUUUCCAUACUUCGGGACAUUGAAGGCAUACAGACCACGGUCGAUCCGAUACUCGCACCAUUCACCUCUCAUGGAUACAACGAAUCUGAUGAAGAGAUAUAUGACGAUAGCCUCGAUGGCCAUGAUAUUGUCGAAAAUCAACGAGAAAGCUUGAUCGGAGUACCAGAAACACCAGCCGCAAGAAUCAAUCCUCAGGACAGUGACGAAGAGAUGGCUUCCGAGCCUGGUGUAAGUAUACCGGAGGAGCAAACCCUCCUAGCAUCUACAACGGAUGAUGCUCAGAUGACCGAUGUAUGGCGCCCAAAUGAAGAGCAAAGUAGAAUGAUAGGAGAUGCAGCUCAGCACCUGUUUAAAGACCUCAUGGACGAGGAUGACGAAGACUCCUCGGAAGACACAGAACCAGAGAGAGAUCUGUCAAUGAGCGAGAUAGCAAACGAGGAUCAAGAGGCAAACCUCGAAGAUGCUGAUAUGCAGGAUACGCAGUCGAAUGCGCCGCCCGCCCGUACCGUCAACAUUCCCUUCUUGUUUCAACUACCAGAGGCCCUGACUAUCCAGGCAGGGAUGACCGAGGAGGAGAAAGAGCUUGCACAGAUGGUCGUAGAUGCGUAUGAGAACGACAGCCCAGUCACACCCACACAGGAUGCUCAGCCUCCUAUAGACAAUGAUCCUCUCUCUGAUCCAGCGGUGAAAGCUACCGCCGAACAGCUCGCUACCCGAAAGAUUGCGAAACCGGUGUCGCGAGCACAUAAGAACGCUCGCGCGGCCCAAUCAACCGUUGAGUCAGUGUCACAAGGGCAACCCCAUACACAGCCAGAAACAUUAAAACAAACGCCCUCCCAGGUAAGUGAAGACAGUAGAAAUGAUGUAGCGGAGAUGGACUCGGCGGCUCGCGGUCUAUUAGCCCUCGCAGCUGCUGAGGGCAUUGUUGUCGGGAAUGAUACUUCAAACCAGGCAGUGUCUCCUUCAGGCGAGGACUCUAGUCAUAAGGAUACUGACUCCCAGCAGACUGAUGCCCAUGUCACAAACAGUCAGAGUGCUAGUACUCAUGAGACUAACGUGCAGGAGUCAUCCAUCAGUGACCCUGAGGUCGAAGGGCCAACGGCAACGACCCUGCCGGAGGAAGAGUCUGAACCAAACCCGCAACAACCUCAAAGCGCCUUUGCAUCUGUCUUACCAGCUGAAAGCCAACCUUCACCUGUUCAGUCAACGCCCACUCAAACACCGCCAGCGCAACAACCACCAGCAGCCGAAAGCACAGCCGCAGCUCAGCAAAACACUCCUGUCACGAAUGAGUCAACCCCCGUAGCGGGACCCAGCAAUGCGCAACAACGGCCAAGGAUUGCCCCCGAGUUUAUAGGUGGACUGGCAAUUCCAGGGGGUAACCCAACGCGUUAUAACCCAACAGCAACGACCACACCAACACCCGAGAGAUCUGGCCCUGACCCUGAGGAGGUUGCAGAGUUCAACAGGAAAAAACAGGCACAACUGAGGAAACCAAGGCAGAAGAAGCCACCCAAUGUCUUUAUACCGCCGAGACGGUCUGCCCCAGUUCCAUCGACACCUAACAGACCUCAGAAGAGUCCAAACUCUUCCACUCAAAGACGGUCGCCAUCACUAACGGCCAGCAACGAGGGCGAUGAGAACAGGAAGGCUGAGCUAGAGGUGACGUUUGGUACCCCAGGUUCUGCUAAAAAGAAACAAGGCCUACAAAUUGUUGACAUCAGGGACAUCCCGGAUCACAUAAGAGCUCAGAUGCGGGACCAUGAUGCUAAACAAGGCUAG